ACUGUGCUAGAGCCUCUGCCUGUGCCUCGUGGCGGCUAUUGCCGUCGGCAAAGCAGAUUAAUCGUGUCAGCGGAUACAGCACCGGUAUCCCCUGCGGCCGUAUCACCACACCACACCAACCGCUCCAACACCGAGCCUUACUGAGCUCUUCUUGUAUCUCAAUCACCAACGAGCUGUCCAGCGCGUUCAGGGGGCCUUGGUCUUGCGGGCACGAGGCCCAGCGCGAAGAGAGGCCGCUCGGGUCCUGUGGUAGGUCCUGCCGUCCUGGCGGCUGGCGAAGAGGAGGAGGUUAUAGUCUGCCUGUAAGCCGCUUUCUGCGCCAACCCUCCUGUGGAGUCAUUUGGUGAUUGCUAAAACCAGCAUGUCGCAGGAGCGGACAUUGGAUGAAGUCGUUUUUCCAUUUCUAAUGCAGUUGGAAAGGGCAAGAGUUGUUCCUUUGGGUCCAGAUGAGGAUAGUUCACAUUCAGAUAUUUUACUUCUGUUUGAAAAUAUCAAGAAAGAAGCAUGUGAAGUCAAGGAUAUACUUCUGAGAGUGUCUAAAUGGGAAAAUGAGAUAAUAAAUGAUUUUGGAGGAAUAGCUAGACAUUUGGAUGAAAUCAUAGAAGAAGGCAACCAGCUCAAUUCAAUACAUUCCACACUUCAAAUUGUAAACACUGAGAUGUCCAAGUUAAAAGAUCGUAUGCAACUUCCUCUCCAUGUUCCCAUGAUCAAGCCAAUAGCUCCCACAACCUUGCCAUCAUCUGUACCAUCCAAAUGGGUUCACGCAAAAGUUUCAGAGCAGUGGAAAAGGCUAGAGAUUGAGAGGAAAAUCCUUGAGAGCUCAACCAUUUCUAACUUGCAGGUUAGCUAUGAUAAUCUUGAUCUGCAACUGAAGUUGUGCUUGUUAUGCUUCUCUGUCUUCCCAGAAAAUUCUAUCAUCAGCAAGAGGGCCAUGAUCCAUUGGUGGAUUGGCGAGGGGUUAGUAGCAGCCACAAGAAGUCAGACAGCCGAAGAUGUCGGAAAGGCAUGCUUUGAGAAGCUGAUUGCUCUAGAGAUGAUUGAACCGGUGUAUCAGAAAUGCAGGUAUGGGGUAAACCAAUGCAAGUUACACCCCUGGAUUCGUCGUAUGUUGAUUAAAGUUGCAAAGCAAGCACGGUUUUUUGAAUUUGAUUCAGAUGGCAAUGCAACAUGGGACUGUUCAGCUACUCACCGUGCUUGUCUAGUUGAAGAGCACCAACAGGAAAUCGAUGUGGCAUCACUCAGAAACCUUCUAACAAUAUUUAAUAUAAAUGAGCAAUACCUACAAUUUGAGAAGAGUUGGUUCUUGGAUUUGAGAAAGAUUGCAGUUCUCCAACUAGGAAGAUGGCACAACUUAUGUCGACACCAUAUUGAGGUUGACAGUACUGAAUUUUUGGAAGGACUGCAGUCAUCCAAUCAGUUGAAAUAUCUUUGUCUGAGGGGCAUCUCUAGAAUCAUUGAACUUCCUGCUUCCAUUGGUGGACUCUCGAAUCUUAGGAUCUUGGACCUUCAUGCCUGUCACAACCUUGAGAGACUGAGUACUAGCAUCACGUAUCUUCAGAUGCUCACCCACCUUGAUGUGUCAGAGUGCUACUUGCUGGAAGGCAUGCCAAGGGGUAUUGGCUUGCUUACUGAACUCCAAGUGCUCAAAGGGUUUGUCAUUGGUGGUUCAACUGGCAAUUACAAUUGCCGGGUAGCAGAGUUGGCUAGGCUGGACAAACUGAAGAAGCUGACCAUAUAUAUUGGAAGCAAAGUUGCAGUGACAGAAAAUGAACUGAAUGAGCUUGAGAACAUCAAAGGCCUUUGCGUGCUGAAAAUUACAUGGGCUGUAUCACUUUCAAAGAAAGAACGAGUCCAUCAAACUUCUGAUUCUACACCAUUGAUAACUUCACUCUCCCUACCUCUAAAUCUCGAAAAGCUAGACCUGUGCUGCUUCCCUGGAGAGAAGGUGCCAGAUUGGUUAAGUCCGAGUAAGCUGUUGAGACUGAAGAGACUCUACUUCACUGGAGGAAUGCUAAAAACUUUUGGAAACAAAAACAUGUUAGAGGUGUGGAGCGUUGAGGUUUUGCGCCUGAAAUUCUUGAAUGAUUUAUCAGUACAAUGGACCCAGGUGCAUGAAAUAUUUCCAAAGCUGACCUUUCUGGAGGUCUUCAGAUGUAGGAAGCUAGAAUCCUUCCCUUGCGAUAAGGAUGGGGUGUGGAUGAACCAUGAUACGAAGGAUAGCAGAAAGUAGAAGGCAGGAAUGGAUAUGGAAGACUUGGAUCUGGAGGUUGGUGAUGAAGAUCAACAGAACAAUGGAAACAAAGGCAUUGGUAAUGCAUUGGCUGAUCCAAAUGUGGAUGCCACAAAAUCAAAGCAAAGUAGCACGCACGGAAUGCAGGACAAUGCAGGAAAAUUUUCGGGGAAGAAGGUAGUGGAUCUGGACUCGAUUUUGGUGGAUGGAAGUUCAGGGUCGGGUAUAUUCCAGGGGCUGGGUUUGGGUGACGAGUUGCAGGAGGGUUUGGGAGAGGAGGAAGUUGGCAGAACUAGGUCGCAGCCAGAUGGUGUGCCAGGUAGUCUGCUCUCAGCUUAUGAAAUGGUAAAAAAGAACGGUCAGGUUACUCCAGAGGUGGCGGUUUGUGCUGCUGUUCCGGCAGUGUAUACGGGUUCAUCCGUGUCAUAUCGUAGCAAGAGGAGGGCUGCAACUUCAGCGGGAGACAGUUUGGAGAGGGCUUCCAAGUUGAAGGCGUCUCGCAACCUCGACUCCGACUUCAUGGAAGGUUCUAUUCAGAGGAACUCAUUGGCUCAGACUUUGGGCGCAGCUGCAAAGAAGUGACGAUUCAGCGAAUCUGUUAAGAAGAGCUUGUCGACAUCUGGAGACGAUGGCCAUGCACUUUUUUGCUUAUCGGGGUUGGAGAUUUUCUAAUAGGAUUACGUUGUAUUGAUCAUUUUCAUUUUUUAAGUGAGUGUUGAAUCGGUGAGGAGUAAGAGAGAGUUUAAGUCUUUUAGGCUAAAUGUUUUGGCCUUAUUUUGCGAGUACUUGGAGUUGUUAUUUGGUGUCUGACCUUGGCCCUACCCUCGAAAGAGGCGAAAGCCGGAUUUUGUUCCAUUAUCUAAAAAAAGGAAUGAAUCAAUUGAGCUUUCAUUAUUACUUUGGCUGUGUCA